AUGACUGCAUUUCUGGAUAAUUCGGUUUUGUUUGGUGGCCAAGGACGUCGGCUCGAGAUGCACGGAUUGAGCCGAACUGACGAGCGAAAAUGCGGCGAAGAAACGUUGGAACGUUACGGUGGUGUCAUUUUCCGGUGCGGUGGAAGGCCUACA